AUGCAUGUUGAGGUAGAGCAAGUGAAAUUACUAGAUAGGUUCAGCACGAGCCAUAAAUCACUGACGGGAACCCUAUACCUUACAGCAACUCAUCUGUUAUUCAUAGAUUCAAGCCAGAGAGAAACGUGGAUACUGCAUCAUCACAUUGCUGCGGUGGAAAAACUUCCCUUGACAACUUCUGGGUGCCCCCUUGUCAUCCAGUGCAAGAACUUCAGGAUAGUUCACUUUGUUGUUCCCAGAGAGAGAGAUUGUCAUGACAUUUAUAACUCUCUGCUUCAGCUGUCAAGAACAGCAAAAUAUGAAGAACUGUAUGCCUUCUCCUAUAAUCCAAAACAAAAUAAAUCUGAGCAAGUCAAAGGUUGGCAGCUUAUUGAUCUAGCAGAAGAAUAUAAGAGAAUGGGAGUGCCAAAUGCUAACUGGCAGUUGUCCGAUGCAAAUCGUGAUUAUAAGAUUUGUGAAACCUAUCCUAGAGAACUUUAUGUUCCCAGAACUGCAAGCAAGCCCAUAAUUGUUGGUAGCUCCAAGUUCAGAAGCAAAGGAAGAUUCCCAGUGUUGUCGUAUUAUCAUAAAAAUAAAGAGGCUGCAAUUUGCAGAUGCAGUCAACCUCUCUCAGGUUUCAGUGCCAGAUGCUUGGAAGAUGAACAUAUGUUGCAAGCCAUCAGUAAAGCAAAUCCUUCAAAUCGCUACAUGUAUGUAAUGGACACCAGACCGAAGCUUAAUGCAAUGGCAAACAGAGCUGCUGGGAAGGGCUAUGAAAAUGAAGACAACUACUCUAACAUUAGGUUCCAGUUUGUUGGCAUUGAAAAUAUUCAUGUAAUGAGAUCCAGCUUACAAAAGCUUCUGGAAGUCAGUGGCAUGAAGGGUUUGUCUGUCAAUGACUUUUUGUCUGGUUUGGAGAAUUCUGGAUGGUUGCGUCACAUCAAAGCUGUGUUGGAUGCUGCUGUCUUCCUAGUCAAGGCAAUAGCAGUUGAGAGCGCAAGUGUAUUAGUGCACUGCUCAGAUGGCUGGGAUAGGACUUCCCAAGUUUGUUCUCUUGGAGCUCUCUUGCUAGAUUCCUAUUAUAGAACAAUCAAAGGAUUCAUGGUCUUGAUAGAGAAAGAUUGGAUCUCCUUUGGGCACAAGUUCUCUGACAGGUGUUGUCAGUUGGAUGGUGAUCCAAAAGAGAUCUCACCAGUGUUCACCCAGUUUUUAGAAAGUGUGUGGAAUCUGACGGAGCAGUUUCCACAAGCCUUUGAGUACAAUGAAGCUUUCCUCCUUCAGAUCCAUGAACAUGUCCAUUCAUGCCAGUUUGGUAACUUCCUUGGAAACUGCCAAAAAGAGCGAGAAGAACUAAAAUUGAAAGAGAAGACCUAUUCCUUGUGGCCAUUCCUUCUGGAUGAACAAAAGAAGUAUCGGAAUCCCCUGUAUAAUCCAGACUUUUCUCCAGAACUAACUCUUUUGGAGCCUAAUACAAUAUCAUUCAAUUUUAAGUUUUGGAGAAAUAUGUACCAUCAGUUUGAUCGAAGUAUGCAUCCCAGGCAAUCUGUGUUCAAUCUUAUAAUGAACAUGAGUGAACAAAAUAAACAACUUGAGGAAGACAUUAAAGAACUGGAAGCUAAAAUAAAGCGGAGAAAUGGGCAGUCAGAUGCAGUCCUUGUGAAGGAACAUCAGCAGUCUGCUCAUCCUGCACCCAUGGCACUGAAGACCCCUCCACGCUUCAAGAAGGAGCAGCCACUGAUCCCUGUGAAUGAUGCUGUAAGAACUAUAGAGGGCAGCAACACAGCAGACAAUCGCUACAGUGAAUUUGUGGCAGAGUUCUCGAAAGCUGAGCCUGCUGUUGUCAGCUUGGAGUACGGAGUGGCCAGGAUGACCUGCUAAUUAAAAUCCGGCACUGUGCUCCUCUUCUGAUUGACUGAUUGAAUUAUUUUGAGGAUGGGUCUGUGCUGCAUGACCAAAACAUGAUUUGUAUAUCGGCAAGUUUUGUUAACGUAGACUAGAACAGUAUGCUAGUUGUCAAGUGUUUGCUGUUCUUUUAAGGAAAAAAAAAAGUGUAUUUGUGUUUUAAAGAAAUAGGGGCAUUUGGUAAGUAGUGACUAAAAAUCAAGGAAUGGUAUGUCUUUGGACUUAAGUCAGUUUGCACUAAAUUGAUUAAAACAGUAAUAUUACUUUAUUCAGUAUAGCAAAACACAGGUGGUCUUUCAUGGAUUGAUUUUACUUGGGCAAGAAAACUUGAACUUUCUAUUUUAGGAACUGAAGCUACAUGUAUAUAUCACAUAUGAUACGGAUAUCUAUACCCUUGUUUAAUGUCACCCAGUACUAACUUUCAGUGUAUUAAGUGCCAUGGAAAAGUAUGAUAUAUUUCAAAUCAUAAAUAGUUGGCCUUAAACCUGUCAGAUCAAUGAUAUUGUUGUCCUUUACUAUUGCAGUCUACCUGGCUCUGUUUACAUUGUAUUUGCUCAAAUUGUUAUUUCCUUAAAACAGGACUGAAUAUAAGGGAUGAAGCAUGCCGAAGCUGGCACAGCCUUUCAGCAAAUAGCUGUAUGAAUGUUAACUUAUCACAGAAGACUGUUCUUUUUUCCAGUUCCUCUGUUGUUUAAAAUGUAAUAGUUGGCCUGAUUUUCUUCUCUGGCCGCUCAGUAGAUUGAGCAUCGUUGAAGCUACAGGUUGUGUCUGACCUUAAAUGUUUUGAUUUGUGGCAAGAUAUUUAAGUGUAGAGUGAAAAGAGUAAAACAUGUCAUGUAAGAAAACAAAACUUAGCCAAUAACUGAAUUGCCAAGUUCAUUCAGAUUGUUUACUAUGUGCUGUGCGGUUGUUCAAGUUGCAAGAAUGGAAGCAGAAGUUUUGGAAGUGUAGUCUACUGACAUUGUUCCCAAGUACAGAAGUCAUUCAUGUGUCUGAAGCUCAUGAGAAACUGAGCGCCUCCUAAAUCUUUCAUUAGAAGAAAAUCUUAGUUUUUAGUGAAACCCCCUUCUCAUUUUGCAAAAACUUGUCCAAUCUGUGCAUAUUUUAAGUAAUUUCAGUACAAUCUGGGGACUUCUAUGUAAUUGGAGAGAAGACAAAAACUUCUUCUAGCGGGAUGCAGUAGAGAUCAUGGGACAUAAGAAAAAAGGGGGAACUUAGUUUGUAAGCUUAAUUAUGUAUCUGUAACCUUCUCGUAAGAGAGAAGGUUUUUGCUGAAGUUUGUCUCAUGAUGGAUUUUCUGAGCAGAUAACAGAAUAGGAGAGAAAUGCCAGUGCCCAGUUCUUAAAUAGAAGUAUUAAUUAAAACUUUGGGUAUUAAGAGCUGUAGGUAUGAUGUUAGAUUAAUGCUACUGACCUUUUCUCUGGAUUUAAAUCAUUUUUGGUUACAAGUGAAAAUCAGUUUAUUCUCACCCUAAUCCCUGAAGUCUGUUUUGUUAAAAUGACUGGUGUGCCACACACAAUUUGACAUAAUUGGCAGCAUUUCCCUCUGCACCAUAUUGGAUCCAGGACUCUAUUAACAAGGCCAGUAUAGGUCAUGACCAAGUUGCACUUGUGAAGCUGUCUGGGAGAAAUUAACUGACUCCUGUAUUUGAGUAUCAAUUCACCUGUUUCACUAAUUUGUUUUUUAAAAGCCUAUAAGUGUAAAUAAAGGUUUGUAAGUAUUUUUAUUCCCAAAGAUAUGAGCAUAGUGUCAUCUUCAAAAUACAUUAUCCAGUCAUUUAAACACAUUUAGAACUUCACUACAGGUUUUGAUAGUUUCACGUUUGCACAGUGGUGCCUUACAGGGUUGGAGCAAGAGAGGUUUUUUGUGCCUUGUUACUUGUCUCCCCUUCUCCCUUACCUUCUGUAUCAACUUGGUUCUCUGGUUUUCCUUUGGAAAAAUGCCUUGUAUAUUAAGCUUGUGUUGUAUCACAGUAGUGACAAAUUUAUCAGUGACAAUAUAGGUAAGUGUUAUUGAUUUGUACUUGUUUGUUUUAAUAUUUAGCUGCUCUGGUGUGCCAUGUACACUUCGUAUUUAUUGUUUGGAGUUUAUAGACUCAAAGAUUAUAUUAAGCUUUUUUGCAAAUAUUGUUGUAUGUUGUUUUUACUUUAACAACCAUCUGAGUACCCCUGUAUACAAGGCUUUUAAAGAGAAGAUCUGUUCCCUUUCAGUACUGUUAAAGUGAGUUUAUUUCAGUCUUCAGGCC